UCGCGCAAUCAUCGCUUUUAAACCAAUAUGAUAAUAUAUCUAGUGGUCAAUAUUUAUUUGAGUGUUUGUUUAUGUGAGCUAAAUGUGGUGUACCAGUGGGACAAAAUAGAUUUGACAAAUCAUGAAAAUCACCUACAGGAAACGGAACAUGCCUAUAUUCCAGAAAAUAAUCUUGUGCACAGAAUGAAAAUUUGGAACAACACGUUGUAUAUGGCCAUACCCAGGUUUAAGCCAGGCGUGCCGGCCACAUUAUGCAAAAGUUACAGAGGUACUAUAAAACCAUUYCCAUCAAUAAAUAUUCAGGAAGUAGGCAACUGCAUUGGGAUGCAAAACAUCAAGGACAUCGAAAUCGAUCAUUUAGGCCAACUGUGGGUGUUAGACAUAGGCAAAGUUUAUGAUCUAGAAAAACCGGAUUAUACUUGCGAUCCAAAAUUAGUUAUACUAGACAUUGGUACGGGAAAAAUAAUACAAUCAGCGGUGAUACCAAGCAGUAUGUAUACAAUUCAAAGCAUACUSAGUGGUAUUUCGAUUGACUUGAAAUCACUUACCGCUGUAAUAGCUGAUAUAGGUCCAAAUUCUGGGUUUAUUGUUUAUAGAUAUGAUUUAGGAUAUUUUCAAAAAUUUCAAUGCAAAAUAUUGUCCAGUGUUAAGGACUACAACGAAGCACUUUUAACUAUAUCUCCAAUUGAUAAUAUGUUAUACUUCACCACCGUAGAAAUGGACAGUCUAUUCACAAUUCCAUUGAGUGUAUUCAAUGCACCUUUCGUCAAUGACAUAAGUCAUUAUGUUAACAACCAUGGACUGAAAACAGACGUAUCGACUGCUAUGAUCAUGGAUACGACUGGAAACUUAUAUCUAGGCUUGACUAGAAAAGUAAUCGCCUGGAACACUUUAAAAAACAAUUUCGACAUCAAAGAUUUGUACAUACAAGAAGUGAGACUAGAUUGGAUUUCAAGUUUUGCGUUUGAUUCAAACGGAUAUUUUUGGAUGAUUUCUUCAGCAUUCAGUGAUUUCUUAAAUGGAUCGAGUUCGAAAAGAAUGAAUACUAGAAUAUUUAAAAGGUUUUGUGGUACAACAGCCUUUGCACUUCUAAAUGUUCAAAUGCCUAAAAACAGUGCAAACGACACUCUCCCCAUUAAUUACAAUUCUGUCGAUACCAAAACUGCGUCUUCUAUUUAUAUUUUAACUUUUAUUAUAUUGUUGCAAAUUGUAUUGUAAAAAUGUAACGCACCAAUCACAACAAACACAUAUUUAAACAUAAAAACUGUACAGAAUUGUCAUAACUACUCAUAAGUAGCUACGAAUUGUAAAUUAUAAUAAGUUAAA